AUGGUGUGUCCUUUCCUCGAGGAUUCAGUUGAUAUUGAAGCGCAAAUCAUUCGUCGAGCCCUUCGUCGGGAACGAGUCAUUAGACCCAGAUUGGACAUACUUUCAUUACCCGACGAGUAUCUCCGCGAACAUUACCGUUUUUUCUCACAGUCAAUUAGAUACUUAAAUAAUAUUCUAAAGCCAUACAUUUCCAAUAUCACACAUCGUGGAUCCGCACUCACUUCUUUGCAAACUUUAUGCAUUGCUCUCCGUUUUUUUGCAAAUGGUUCUUUUUUAUACAAUGUCGGAGACGCUGAACACAUAGGGAAGGCUACUGUAUGUCGGUCCGUCCGAAAAAUAUGCCUAGCAUUAAAACGUUUGAUGUACAGUUUUGUGGUGUUCCUUGGGCAUAAGCCUGUAAUGAACAUCAAAGAGGAAUUCCACAGAAUUGCAGGAUUUCCAAGAGUCAUUGGCUGCAUGGAUGGAACCCACAUCCCAAUUAAAGCACCUGCAGAAAAUGAAGGGGAUUAGGUAAACAAAAAUCUCCACAGCAUUAAUAUACAGAUCAUAUGUGAUGCUACAUACAUAAUUACAAAUCUUGAAGCCAAAUGGCCUGGCUCUGUGCAUGAUGCACGGAUUUUUUCGUGA